AUGACUACUCCAUGUGUUUGGGUACAGCUCUGUUGGGAGGAUAAGGACAAGGAAAUGGAGGAGCCAGCGGGCGAUGACCUCAUAAAAAUUAGACCAGUACCUGAUGAUGUUGCCGACUUGAAAGCGGCAGUGCUGGCGAGACUUGACUCUGCGUUGCUGGGUGAAGUCAAGGUGUACCCACCUAAAUCCUGUGCUAGCCGGGAGAAAUACCAAGCAGGCAAGGAGUUGUCAGCGGUGAUGGCCGAAUUGAGCGGUACAACUCCCCCAACAUCCUCUGAUUAUCCCUUGGUUGUGGUGGCACCCACUCAGACGGUAAAGAAAGCAAAAAUGUGCUUCUCGUUCGAUGAGUCUCUUCCAAAGCCGUGCGACGUUGUACCACUCAAGUCGACAAAGCCCGAGUUCGUGGCUCCGGACGGUUGGCUAGACGGUGUCGGAAUUGAGAUUGUCGCUCAAAUCCAGCGGUCGGACGAUCACGUAGGUUCAAAUACUGAAGAAUACUCCGAUGAAACAGAUCAUGAUGGUGACCAAACCCUAGAACGGGUAGCUCCGAUGGCAGUCGUUCGUUGUUCUCGUGGGGGGAAUCAGGGCUCUCUAUGA